AGCGCUGGGCUCACCCCCCUGCCCCUGGGAGCUCAGGGCUGGGCCCCACCAGCUGCAGAGCAGCACUGGGGAAGCGGGGGCCUGGCAGCUGCAAGGCGCAGGGAGGGAGCACGGGGGUAAAUCCCUGCUUGACCUGCACCCCCCUGCCCCGCAGCCCAGCUGCUGUACGGGAGCUUUGGCCUCUGCCCAAGGAUCAAAGGCGCUAUUAAGGGCUGGGGCAGGUGGACCCAUGUGGCUGUAGCUGCGCUCCAAGAGAGUUGGGUACAGAACCUGGGCAUCCUGUCUUGCAACCGCAGGGGAGACCGUCCCCUUGGGAUGAAGAAGCAGCCCUGUCUGUGAGAGUGGUGUGAACAAAGGUACGGGUAUUCUGGGGGUGAACUCUGAGCUCUUGCCAACGUGCACAGCCAAACAACCUGCAGUUAGGACAUCUCGACUUACAUGUGAAUUCUCCUCCGCCAGCUCGUCUCCCACCCAUGGGGGGAAGCGAUAUUUUUAGCCCCUGGUACGUGUUUCUGUUGACUUGACACCAUCUGAAUUUCCCCUCCUGCAAGAGAGUUAAUGCAGGCUGAAGAAAUGAAAGGCCAAACAUGGAAACUUAGGUGUCUAGAGGCCUUUAGAUGAGUAAUACCACACACACCAACGGGGCGUCUCCCACCGAGGGUGGUGUGGAGGCGACAAGCAUGGCUGCGACCAUGCUGCCAGCAGGGCUGUUCACGACGGUGGAUCCCAGCCAUUUCACUGUUGGAGACGGCUCCCAGCUUAAGGCCAUGCAGAACUACACUCAAGACGGCCAGCAGAUUUUCCUGACCACAACAGCAGCACAAGUGAUCUCUGGGCUGUUUGUGUGGUCGGCACUGAUUCUCACCUUCCACCAGAUCUACUCACAUCUGCGGAAUUACACCAUGCCCAAUGAGCAGCGCUACAUCAUCCGCAUCCUCUUCAUUGUGCCCAUCUAUGCCUUCGACUCCUGGCUCAGCCUCCUGCUCAUUGGAAGUCACCAGUAUUACGUAUACUUUGACUCGGUGCGUGACUGUUAUGAAGCGUUUGUCAUCUACAGUUUCCUGAGCCUCUGCUUCGAGUACCUGGGAGGGGAGAGCACCAUCAUGGCUGAGAUCCGGGGGAAGCCUGUUGUAUCCAGUUGCCUUUAUGGGACUUGCUGCCUGCGAGGAAUGUCCUAUUCCAUCGGGUUCCUUAGGUUCUGCAAGCAGGCAACGCUGCAGUUCUGCAUCGUGAAGCCCCUCAUGGCCAUCGUCACCAUUAUCCUACAGGCAUUCGGGAAGUACCACGAUGGCGACUUUAAUAUUCACAGUGGAUACCUCUAUAUCACCAUCAUCUACAACUUCUCCGUCAGCCUGGCACUCUACGCGCUCUUCCUCUUCUACUUUGCCACCAUGGAGCUCCUGCGCCCAUUUGAACCAGUCCUCAAGUUCCUCACUAUCAAGGCAGUUGUCUUCCUGUCCUUCUGGCAAGGGAUGCUGCUGGCCAUCCUGGAGAAAUGUGGGGUGAUCCCUGAAGUUCAGAUCAUCGAUGGAAAGGAGGUGGGAGCUGGGACAGUUUCUGCUGGCUACCAGAAUUUCAUCAUCUGCAUUGAGAUGCUUUUUGCCUCCAUUGCUUUGCGCUAUGCCUUUACCUGCCAGGUAUACAGAGAGAAGAAGGAAAACUCAACAGCAAACCUUGCCCCCAUGCAGAGCAUCUCCAGUGGGCUGAAGGAGACUAUGAGCCCUCAGGAUAUCGUCCAGGAUGCCAUCCACAACUUCUCCCCUGCAUACCAGCAGUACACCCAGCAGUCCAUGCAAGAAAUGGAAAUGAAAGGCCCUGGGCAGAAUGGACAUGUGUCCUCCAAAGCUGAGGGGAACAAGGGCAAAAGAAGCAAAAACAUUGAGAAGAGGGUGCUGAUCAUCUCGGAUGAUGAACCGUAGGAGAUGCCCAAGGGGGGACAGUGACCUGGGAGAUGCUGGAACUCCUUUCUCUCUUAAUGGCUUCUUCAGUUUGGAAAUGUUCUCACAACUGGGACUGCCUGGCGUGACAGGAGCACAAUGAGAAUGACAGAUGGGCCAGAGAAACUGAGGCGUCUGCCCAAAAGCAGCCAUCACCUUUGAGAAGGAAAGAAGCAAGAACCUGAUGGGUGGGAUGCUGAGCAGGGCUGGCAUCUCCUGAUCUUUUUCUCCUGUUACUGGGGACCUGUCCUGCUCUGUGUUCCUACUGCCAUGGCUCAAGUACUGAAGCUUUGUCAUUCGGUGGUGCCUGUUUACCCAUCCCAUCAGUAUUUUGAGGCAUGUCUCUAGCUGCCAUCUUAGCACUCUGGGAAGAAACUGAGGACGGGUGGCCUGGGAUUUUGAGUGUGCCUCCCAGUGCUAAAAGAUGGACUAGUUGAAGUCAAUCCCUUCUUGCCAUGAACAGGCUGAGCAGCAGCGCUCUCAGCAUUGAGUCUUGCUCUAGUUUCUCUUGGCCUAAGUAAAGAGAGGAGCAUCUCUAAAGAUCCUGUGGAGAAGACCUGACUUACAAGGGCAACCCACCUGGUAACUCUUUAAAAAAAAACAAAACCAAAAAAAAACAAAACCAAAAAAACACACAACCCCCCCCCAAACAAAACAAAAAAAAACUUGCUAUUUUUUCAUUUAAAAGUUAAAAAAAAAAAUCUCAGGAAUUUUGUAGGAACUUGUGUCGGGGAGGAAGAAUUAACCCUAUUUUCUCCUUGGAGAGGAAUACAACAGCCUAAAAAUGUAAUACUUCUUCCUCCUCCACCAGCCCCACAAGCAAUGGUGGGAGAACUCUUUCUGGGCUGCAAUGGGGCUAAACUGCUGCUGCUUCUCGAGUUUCUAUUGGAGGAACCUCUUGUUUUUUAUGCCUCAAAAUGACUCUUCCCUCUCCAAGUGGACCAAUUGUUGAAAUGGAUGCUAAUUUGCCUAUCAAAUUGCUCUUUAGGGAUCUGAAUUGUGAGGAUUGUGAUUGGCAGCAGUAGUAAUUUAUUUACUGGGAACUGUUUGUUCCUCCGGAAAUGCUUUCUAUUAAAGCUUCCCACACUUAAAAUAUAAAAAUAAAAAAAGUUAUUGUAAAAAAGCCUCUAGCUUCAUGGAGACUGGACAGUGCCAGAGGACAGUAAUUUAGUGGUAAAAGAAUAACUGUCAGACCCUUCCCAGAGCUGGGGUUACCCAGAUACAAGACUAGCAUAGCUGGAUGCUAUGUGCCUGUUCAAAAAAAAAAAAAAAAAAAAAAAAAAAGCCCAUGUCCUCUGUUUGAAACUGAAAUGGGAGAAUAGCUUUGGUACAAGAUAGGCCAAUAAAAUAUGAGUAAAGCCAUCUCUUCUUGGUGACCUGCUCAGUACCACUUAUGGGAUACAAUUGCUGUAAAAAAGUAGAUUGGAUGGGUUAUUUGACAGCAGGGGGAAAACGCACUUAAUUCCACCAACCUUCCCGUCCCAUCCCUCCAGAACUACAAUGUAGAGAACCCUUGUCUAUCCCUGCUAGACCCUAGUCUUUUCCCUUACUAGACUGCCUUCUGGAAACUUUUGAGUGUUGGCUAUGCUUUGUCUCCAUCCCUUGGGGUUUUUCAGCUGAGUGUUGGAAGGACAGUGAGAGCUGUGCUUUAAAGUCUCAGAGCAGCUGUGUAGCUAGACACCAUCUCAAGCUGUCCUUUUUCUAGCAUUAGGAUUCCUCAAGUCUGAGAAGUGUAAAUCGAAACCAACAGUCUUGCAUUUUAUUUAUAAGAAUGUGUUUUUCAAAUAAAUGGAGAUUUCUAUUA